GAGAUAGAGAGAGAGGAGAGAGAGAGAGAGAAGGUGAAGCGACGCUGGCAACGGUAACUAUGAGAGGAGACAAGUUCACGAGCCGAGCCAGGCUGCUCUGACAGCCGUUUGCCGUUCUGGAGAGAGCGCGAGACGGGACGACGUAAAUAACCGUUGGACAUACGUUUUUUUUUUGUUUUUUUUUUUUCUCCUGGUUGGAUCCAACUGCUUCGCCUGGAGGAGGAGGAGGAGGAAGAGGAAGAGGAGACUGAGACAGGGCGACCGGACGAGUGGCUCCUCCAGCGGCGACGGUCCCGCUGCUAGCGAAACAUGAACAAAUACAACCGAGCGCCGAGCAGCCGUUCUCUGAGUGCCGUGGAGGUUAAGAGCAAGUUUGGUGCAGAGUUUCGUCGGUUCUCUCUGGAUCGGUCGAAGCCGGGCCGCUUCGAUGAGUUCUACGGCCUGUUACAGCACGUGCACCGCAUCCCCAACGUGGAGUUGCUGGUGGGCUACGCCGACGUGCACGGCGACCUUCUGCCCAUCAACAACGAUGACAACUACCACAAGGCCAUCUCCAUGGCCAGCCCUCUGCUCAGGCUGUUCCUGCAAAGGAAAGAAGAGGCUGAUUACUCGACGUUCGGUACAGAUUCGCUGACCAGGAAGAAGAACAACGUCCUUUCAGCGGUUCUCCUGCGGCCGGACGCCAACAGGAAAAAGCCGCCGGUGAUCAUCAGCCUCCCCAGAGACUUCCGUCCCGUGUCGUCCAUCAUCGACGUGGACAUCCUCCCGGAGACGCACCGGCGCGUGCGGCUCUACAAGCACGGCCAGGAGAAGCCGCUGGGUUUCUACAUCCGCGACGGCUCCAGCGUCCGCGUCACCCCGCAGGGGCUGGAGAAGGUGCCCGGGAUAUUCAUCUCCCGCAUGGUCCCCGGGGGCCUGGCGGAGAGCACGGGCCUGCUCGCCGUCAACGACGAGGUCCUGGAGGUGAACGGCAUCGAGGUGGCCGGGAAGUCCCUGGACCAGGUGACGGACAUGAUGAUCGCCAACAGCCACAACCUCAUCAUCACCGUGAAGCCCGCCAACCAGCGGAACAACGUCGUCCGCAGCGGAGGGGGCGCGGCGUCCGGUAGCUCGGGCCGCUCGUCGGACAGCGGCGCCAGCUACUACGGCGGCGGCGGCGGCGGCUACUCCUCGCAAGGCGGCGGCACCACCGGCGCUGCGGCCUCCGUGCCGACGCACAUCAUCCAGAACUUCCCCGUCGACGAGAUGGACAGCGACGAGGAAGACGACGAGGACCUGGUGAUCGAGGCGGGCGGCGAGGCCGAGCCCAUCAGGCGAGCCUCCUCCAACUACAGCAUGCCGUCGCUGCUUCGCUACGAGCCGCACCUCAACCUCCGCUCCGCCGCCGCGUCCGCCUCCGCCUCCGCCUCCGCCUCCGACGUCUCCAUCAACGCCAACGGGACCCUGCCCACCAGCGGCGGCAGCAGCAGCGGCUCUUUAGGCAACGCCGCCUCGACCACGCCCUCCCCGGACAGAGCGAUGGAGAGACGGAAUCUGGAGGAGGACGGCACGAUUAUAACGCUGUAGGGUCUGGAAACACUGGAAACACUGGAGGAGAGAGACGAACCACUCGAGAUACUUCCACAGAUGCUGUGUGUGGGUGGUGGGUGGUGGUGGUGGGGGCCUUUACGGACCAACAAAAAAAUCAAACACGGGAACAUCACACUUGUGUCAAAACGGUGAUCGUACCUGUGAAGCACAUAUGAAACAUGACACUAAUGCCUACGCGUUUGUACAUCCUGACAUUUACACACUUUCUUCACCUACAUGCCAAUGACCACGCGUGUGUGCCAUAGAGGUGGUGACCCCCCCUAACCCCAACCCCCCAACCCCCCGUCUCGGCUCUACAGGCACAAAUCUGUCCAAAUCAAAGUGUCAUUCAAGGUCCUGCUGCCCUCAGUAAAAAUGUCUGAACCACUUGAAGCGCUUCUUCUUAACCUCCUGACGGUUGUUUGUGCUGGAGGGCAGAAGAUUAACCCCCCCUCCCCCUCCAUCCUCCCUCUCUCCAUUUCAACUCAAACUCACUGAAGCAGAAUUUGAGCUCGAGCUUUCAAUCGACAAUCGACAAGACUUUGCACGAAAGGCAGCAGCACCGCGGCCGUCAACCCUGAGCGCUGAGAUCUGCAAUAAUACUGUAGUUUUUAUUCAAAAAGAGAUAAAAAAAACAAGUCUGGGCUCUUUGUUCGGCCUCAGGCGCUUUUAUUAGCCGCUCUUAUUAGGUAUUUCUCCUCCGUUUACCUACUGUGGUAACGACUGACUGCUAAUGAAAAGCUUUUGAUCAUUCUUUGGGACAACUUCCUCUACAAUUAAGCCUGUGUUUUAUAUUAUUUCACCUUUCUUUUUGUUUCCUUUUCCUCAUCUUUGUCAUUGUUCUUCUUAUUGCUAAUAAUACCGGGGGAACGAGACGCGUUAUCGUUUCAUUUCCCCUUCACGUUUUGCUCAUAUUGCACUCAUCUCCUUUCCACGACUAAGGGCUAUUUCCCCAGCUGCAGGUGUACAAAUGACAAAAUGUGAAUGUGAUAUUAAUUCUGUUUGUUUUCGUCCCCCUGGACCAAUAUGGCGUAAAAAGCUUAAAGGUUUUCGUGCUCUUUGGGAUUUUCUAUAUUUCUGCGUAAAAAAAUGAAUUAAAACAUCACUGGAUUUUCACACAUCUCAUUAGUCCCUCACAGAUCUAUAAUAUUUACUCACUUUCUGGUAUAAACAAAUGCACAAGUGUAAUAUUUUCUCAUUGUCUACCAUCAGGACUUGUGUGAGAAUCCGCCGAUGCUUUGAUUUACGUUCACGCAGAGCGGAAAAAACUUGUGUCUCAUCUCUGUGCUGCUCAGUUCAUUCAUCUCUGUGUUUUCUCAUAUGAAAACUAUUCCCUCCAGUAUUUCUGCAAUAUUUUGUCGUUCACGUGUAACGCUAUUCGCAAACAACACGUCAGAAAUGAGUCGACUUGUACAGUCACUAGAGGGAAACUGCCCCGGUUUCAAAGUGACGUACGGAUCCGACUGAGUCACACUGAAAACAUCACGCUGGACACAAGCUGAUUCACACUCUUUAUUUGGGGAAGGUGAGGCAGGUCUGCCCAGUGUGCACAGUGAGCUGUACUUUAAUUGCUUUCAUUGUGUGUGACGAACUUUGCUCGCAGCACGGACCCGACAGACUAAGAAUCAUUUUAAAAACCUUUAAAACCUCUUUUUUUUCACAUUUUAAAACCUGUUUGAGGCAAGUUUGUAACGAGACGGCUUAAAAAAUCAAGUUGUUUUACAGAGUUUAGGAUAUUUUAAGAUAAAAAACUCAAGAAAUAUGUGUUUCAGGUCACAAGAUGAAGUCACAGUUUUUGUUUGUGAUCAUGAGCCGCUUCAGGCUGAUUUGUAAUGAGGCCAUUAAAAACUCUUCAUAAGAUGAAUCCUGAUAGUUUCAGGAUAAAAAACUAUACAAACUGUUUGUUUCAGGCCACGAAAAAAGUAAUUAUCACAGCUCAUGUUACAGAUCAUGAAGCCAUUAGAGGCGAAUUUUUAAGGAGGGCUUUAAAAAUCCAAGAGAAAUAUGUGUUUCUGUUUUUUUUUAAAGUGAUUCUUAGAGGUUUUGUUCCUGAUGCUGUAGAUCAGUAACACUUAUUGGAAACAUCCAGUACAAUUAAAUUCUGCCGCUUAGUUCUUCCCCAGAGUGAGAGCGGACAUCGAUUAUUUCAGCAUUUACUCUCCUGUUAGGAUUUCACACUAAUCACCAUCACACACACUAAUGUUCAUCAUUCAAAGCUCCGUCUUUAUUCUUUGGUAUUUAACGUCUGUUUAAUAAUCAAGCUUUUCUGUUUAAGGUACUUUAAGGUACAGAAAAAACACAGCGAUGACUCUGAAUGGAAGACUUUUAAAAACCUUUUUUUUUUUUUUAUUUAUUGUCUUUACCACAGGACUCCGGGAUUGUAACCAUGGAAACGUUUUUUUUUUUUUUUUUUUAAUAUAUAUUUAUUCUCUCUAAUCAUGUAUCUGCAAAUUUCCUUUCUUUUUACACAUUUUAAGACUUUAUUUUUUAUAACUAUGAUGUUUUUUGUUAUUGCUUCGGUCAUAAAUCUCAUGGUACAGUCCAUUUUUUCAUUAUUAUAAUUGUCUGUGCAAGACGUGACACUAUUGCUUUUUUUUUUCAUACUGUGAAUUAUUGUUUUGAGGGAAAAGAAACGAAUUUAGCACUUCAAAACAGGCUAAAUGUUUUUUUUUUUUGUUUGUUUUUUAAUGAUUGAGCAAUGAUUCUUGUUUGCCAGAUAAAUCCCGUGGUAUAGAUUUGUAAUGAAGAUUGUCAGUAUUUUCAUAUCGAUGCUAUAUAAAUAUAUAUCUAUAUAUAUAUAUAUAAUGUACAAUUUUAUCACAUUAAUUGAAAAUGUUUUAAGAUUCAACUGGAGAUGUACGAAUAAAUAGAUGUACACCUGUAACUGCUGAUUGGAGGAGCUGGAUAAAAUAAACUAAUAUGUAGCAAUA